AUGAGCGGAAGAAACGGUCGCGGGGGUGCUGCUGCUGCUAGUAGUUCAAAAGCAGCUUUUGCUAUGUUUCAACAAAAAGAUAUUGCUGCUGGUGGAACAGGAAAAGUUAGCAGUGAGCAAGGUACUGGCGCACCAACAAAUCCAUCAAGUAUAAAAGAUCGUCUUCUGGUAUGGUGUCAACAAAGUACUAAAGGUUAUAAACAUGUUAAUGUAACAAAUUUUUCAUCAUCAUGGGCUGAUGGCAUGGCUUUUUGCGCUCUUAUACAUCAUUAUCUACCUAAUUCAAUUGAUUAUGAUUCACUUAAUCCAAAAGAUAGAAGAAAAAAUUUUGAAAUAGCUUUCAAAGCAGCUGAAAAUAAUGGAUGUGCACCAUUACUUGAAGUUAAUGAUAUGAUUGAAAUGGGUGAUAAACCUGAUUGGAAAUGUGUGUUUACAUAUAUUCAAUCACUCUAUAAACAUUUUGUUAUGAUGCCUCAAGCAAUGGCAGCUAGAGCGGCAGAACAAACCGCUGGUCACUAA